ACAAGGAAACCACUUUCAGCUUUGCUCCUGCACCGCCUGGCUGGCCCGCAGCCAGGAGAGAGAGAGAGAGAGGGAGGGUUGGCUCACCCCUUCUCCUCCUCUCCUCCCUCUCCUCCCCUUCUUUCUCUCGCAAACCCUCAUACGCACUCUCUGCCCAACUCUCCAAAGCAACAGGCGAGAAGAAGGAAGAGAGCGACAAAAGCGAGGGCAACUUUUUUUCCCCCCCUUUUUUUGUUGAAAAAACAACAGCAACAAGGGCUACGAGGAACUUCUUAAGAUGUCAAACAAGUCGGUUUUACAGACGGAUAACUCGGGUACGCGAGGGAAGUGAUCCCCCCCCCCCCUUAAGGAGAAAACAGGAGGGAGGACGCGCUUUUUUUCCGCCGUAUGAGACGUCAAAAAUCUGCCUUAACAAAGCAGGCGUCUUUGAGCCGCAGCUUGAAGCCCUCAGCUUGUGAUUUAAUGUCCCGGGGUCUCUGUGGAGGGCAGUGAAGGAUGCCAGGAUGCCCUCUCUGAUCUCCCGUCUGCUUGUCAUCUGGCUGAGCGUCCACAGGCUGGUGUGGUGCGCGGAGCGCUCCUCCACGCGGGAGCGCUUCAAGGUGGUCAUCGCUCCUCUCAUCUGCAAGCGGAUCUGCCUGAAGGGACAGUGCCAGGAUACCUGCGAGCAGGGCAACAACACCACGCUGAUCGCGGAGAACGGACAGGCCGCCGACACGCUCAUCGGACAGGGCUUCAGGGUCGUUGUGUGUCCCCUCACGUGUAUGAAUGGAGGAGUAUGCAGCUCAAGGAAGCACUGCCUGUGCCCGCCUGGCUUCACCGGGCGGCUCUGCCAGUUUCCACUCCAGCAGACACAGCAAGCUCAGGCAGCGCGAGGCAACAAGCAGCCUGUCUACCCCAUAUCUUUGAAGCCGGAUGGCCUGAAACCAGGGGAGCAUUCAGGCAUUGGGCGUACCCAGUUAACACAAACACAUUCAUUUUUCACCCUACCCUUGACACAAGUAGGGCACCACUCAUCUGAAGUGCAGAUUAAUUUACGUGUCCACCACUCGCCAGACACCUCGGUUGUCAUUCAACCUCUCGACCAAUCAGAUGUCAAGCUUCCUCAAAAGAUGGGGCCGCGCCUGAUCCCACCGAGACACAAACCAAAGGGACGCUGCUUCCAGGAGACCACCCCCAAACAAGCUUGCAGCAGCACCCCGCUUCCUGUUCUGACCAAUCAGGAGGAUUGCUGCGGCAGUGUGGGGAAUUCAUGGGGACAAAACAAGUGCUAUCAGUGCCCCAAACUACCCAAUGCAUCAGUCAAGCAGACCAUUGUGGAAGAGUACGGCUCUACCUGUCCACAAGGCUAUAAAAGAUUCAACAGCACACACUGUCAAGAUAUCAACGAGUGCUCCAUGCAGGGUGUCUGUCUGAACGGCGACUGUCUGAACACACUGGGCAGCUUCAAAUGCUCCUGCAAGGCCGGUUUUGUGUUGGACAGAAAUAGAUGUGUUGAGUCAGAGGCUCCAGCUGAGCAUGCUCAGUGCUUCCUGCUGGUGUCCGAGUCCAGGGGCUGCACGCAUCCACUGCCUACCCACCUCACCCAGGACGUGUGCUGCUGCACGGUGGGCAAAGCCUGGGGACGCAACUGUGAAAGGUGUCCUCAGGUGGGGACAGCGUCCUUCGUUAAGAUCUGCCCUGCUGGGAAAGGCUACUUUCUUCAAAAUAUAAGAGAGACAGUGGCCUUGACUCCCGGCAUCUUUUUCCGCAAUACUGACAAGGAUGAGAUAAAGCGGCCGGAGAGGCCUCCAGAGACGACGACUGCUGCCCAGCAGGCUCCCACCAGCACCAGCGGUCCUCGUGUGCCUGUUGUUAAGCCCACCCCUCCGACAAUCAUCCGAUUGACCCCAGGCAACGACCCCUUUGAAACACAGACAAAAGUCUUGCCAGAGAUAGAUGAAUGCAAGCUAAGCAGGAACAUUUGUGGUCACGGGGAGUGUGUGAACAGCCUGAACGGCCACAUCUGUCACUGUCACCCUGGCUACCAUCUCAACCCGCAGAGGAACAUCUGUGAGGAAAAUAAUGAAUGUGAGUCAGAACCGUGUGGCCACGGCAGAGGCCUUUGCCUCAACAUAGAGGGAGGUUACAAAUGCCUCUGUCGUCAGGGCUAUAAACACAUGGUGCAGCAUGGGAGACUCAAGUGCAUUGAUGUGAAUGAGUGCUCCAAGCAAGACAUCUGUGGUGUUGGAGGCCAGUGUGUGAACCUGCCCGGUUCUUAUAACUGUGAAUGUCACAGCGGUUAUAGGAGCAAGUCACACCGUCCUCCAGCCUGUGAAGACAUAGAUGAGUGUUUGAAUCCCAACGCAUGUCCCAAUGAGCAGUGUGAGAACACGCCAGGCUCCUAUGAGUGCGUCCCUUGCUUGCCUGGUCACGAGGCUCGCGCCGGCACCUGCUAUGACAUCAAUGAGUGUCAGAAGCCUGGCAUCUGUCCGAACGGGCGCUGUGAGAACCUCCCCGGUACUUACCGCUGCUUGUGCAACGAGGGCUUCCUCCCAUCUGCAGACAGCAAAGGCUGCAGUGACAUUGAUGAGUGUGAGGACGUCAGGCUGUGUGCUUAUGGCCGAUGCAUCAAUACAGAAGGCUCCUUCCAGUGCCAGUGUUACCCAGGAUACCAGCGCACACAGGAAGGCAGCCACUGUGAAGAUAUCAAUGAGUGUGAGAGGAUAUCAAACUGUCAGAGGGGCAUCUGUAUCAACAGUAUGGGCUCGUACUAUUGUGAGUGCAAGAAGGGCUACACGUUGGUCGGAGGCCGGAGAUGCCAAGACAUAGACGAAUGUGCGGCAGACAGAAGUCUCUGCCAGCCCUACGGCUCUUGUGAGAACAGACCGGGCUCGUAUUUGUGUGUCUGCAAUCACGGCUAUGUCCUCUCAGAGGACAAACACAGCUGUGAGGCGGUUCGAGUGCUGACGGAUGAGAAGAAGGAGUGCUACCUGAACCUCGAUGACACUGUGUUCUGCGACAGCGUCCUGGCCACCAACGUCACCAUGCAGGAGUGCUGCUGCUCCAUUGGAGUUGGAUGGGGCGAUCACUGCGAGAUCUACCCCUGUCCCGUGUCCCAGUCAGCUGAGUUCCAUUCCCUGUGUCCAAAUGGACUAGGCCUCUACUUCAAUGAUGGACCCCUGUAUAGCCUACCUGCUUACCAAGACAUUGACGAGUGUUCUUUGUUUGCCGAUGAAAUCUGCAAGAAGGGUCGCUGUGAGAACACGCUGCCGGGCUACGAGUGCUACUGUCAACAGGGCUUCUACUAUGACAGCAACCUUCUCGAGUGCAUUGAUGUCAAUGAAUGCCACGAUGAGUCCCUGUGUACAAAUGGUCAAUGCAUCAACACCAAAGGGUCCUUUUUCUGCAACUGUAACCACCCCUGGACUCCAGAUUCCAAUAAGAAGAAGUGUGUGAUGGCAACAAUAGAAGAUGUGAAUGAAUGUGAGAACCCAGCCAACUGUAAGAAUGGCCGCUGUGUGGACACUCCAGGGUCGUACUACUGCAUCUGCCCUCCGCCCUGGACCCUGGCCACCGACCGUAACAGCUGUGUGACUCCUGAGGAGCAGGCUGAUGUGAAUGAGUGCCAGGACCCCUCGUACUGUAAGAAUGGGAGGUGUGAGAACACGCCCGGCUCCUUUCACUGUUUUUGCGACCCUCCCCUCACCUUCAGUGCAGCGCUGAAACAGUGCGUCUAUGACGAUCGCACUGCAGCCCACAAGGACGUGUGUUUCCUGCAGGUUGAUGAGGGCUUGAUCUGUAGCCAGCCCAGGAACGGCAUGGUGGUGACCUACUCAGAGUGCUGCUGUCACUACGGUCGCGGCUGGGGGCCCGAGUGCAACACCUGUCCAGCCCGAAACUCAGAAAUGUUCAGUCGUCUGUGUGAGAUGCACCUGGAGACUGAGUCUGAUGGGGAGCAGGAUUUCCUGGCAGCUUUUGCCAACUACAACCCAGGCGACAGUUCAGAGGAGGAUUCAGAUGAAUGCAGCUGUGCAAAUGGCCGCUGCGUUCGCUCCUACCUGGGCACCAUGUGUGAAUGUAACACAGGCUUUAGGCUGGACCACUCUCGCACCCGCUGUAUAGAUAUUGAUGAGUGUGCAGAACGCGUCAGUCCAUGCAAGAACGCUCGCUGCGUGAACACUGCUGGCUCGUACAAGUGCCUCUGCAAACAUGGCUUUAUGGCCACACGCAGGCCAAACAUAUGUGUCCGUCGCAGUCGAAGUCGGUAACCUCUGUGUGUCACACUGUUUAUCCCUAUCGACAGUACGCAACACACACAAGCACCGUGCACAUGCCGUACACUUCUGUCUCACAGUACCAACAGGGGACUGUGUGUUCGUAUGAGUUCUCAGCAGGAGCCAAAUCAUAUCAUCAGCUCCUCUUUCACGUCCCGUUUCACAUUUCAAGAAAUAAUCAGCAAAGACAAGGAUUAAGUUUGUUUGUUUGUUAAACAUUUAUGUAAUUAUUGUUUUUUUUAACUGUUUUUUGUUCAAUUUUACUUGUGCAAUUUGUGUUUUUUUUUUCAUUGACCUCCCUGUUGCAUUGAUCUUUUAUUCUUAAUUUGAAGCUCUGAUUGUCAAACCACCUCUUAUUUUAUUCAGAAAAUGUGUAUCAAUCUGGUAUUUUCCAUCAUCUACUUCAGUCCAUUCAAUAUUUUACAUGUUACAGUAUUCCCCUUUACAUUCCCAUUUAAGUCCACAUUCUUUCACAAUUAAUUCUAAAUUGACAUGAUCUGACAUGAUUUUGCCUUCUUUUUGUAACCGCACAUUGUUGAUUUUGUGUUACUGUACAGAUUGUUUGAUGGAUCAGCAGUUUGUGUAAGAUUGGUCCAUGUUCUACCCCUGUUUAUUUGUUAAUGUAAAGUAUGAGAGACCUGAAGUUUUUGUAUAAUUUGACAUGUGCACCUAAGUGGACUGUAAGCUAGAAGAAAAGGUCAUGCACUUAGCGAUGAAUAUAGCGGGAAUAUUUGCCAAGUUUAGCUUGUUUCCAGAAAACCAAAAAAGUUUGACAUCUAUUGUCAUGAUUGCUGCAAGUAUUUAGAAAACCAAAGAUGCUGUUGAAAUAAGAAGACUUUAAUUAAAAAAGAGGAUGUCAAACAGUC